GAGAAAAUGCUCGGCAAAGCGGAGCUCGCCGUCCUGCUUCUGCUCGCCGCCCUCGCGGCAGGGACUAGGCCGCCGCCGCCGGUGUCGGAGGACACGCUCAAGAAGGUGGCCGGCUCGCUGGAGAUGUACGUCGACAGGCUCCCGCAGAUGCCGAAGAUACACGGCUACUCCAUGGAACACGGCCGCCCCACGCCGGUGCACCUCGCCAUCGGGAUGUACCAGAAAAAAUGGAAAUUCCAUCGUGACCUGCCGGCGACCACUGUGUUCGUGUUCGGCACGUCGGCGGGGAGCGCCACCUUCCCCGGGCCAACCAUCGAGGCUCUUCAGGGGGUCCCGCUGUGGGUGACAUGGGAGAACCACCUGCCCGAGCACCACAUCCUCCCGUGGGACCCCACCGUGCCCGUCGCCAUCCCCAGGCACGGCGGCGUCCCGACCGUCGUGCACCUCCACGGUGGCGUCCACCCGCCGGAGUCCGACGGCAGCGCCUUCGCCUGGUUCACAUCCGGCUUCCGCGAGAGGGGCCCCAAGUGGACGACGCCGACGUACGCGUACCCGAACGUCCAGUCCCCCGGCGUCCUCUGGUACCACGACCACGCGCUCGGCCUCACCCGCGCCAACCUCCUCGCGGGCCUCCUCGGCGCCUACGUCAUCCGCAACCCGGCGGUGGAGGCGCCGCUCGGCCUCCCUUGCGGCGACGAGUUCGACCGGGUGCUCGUGCUCGCCGAUCGCAGCUUCUACGCGGACGGCUCCCUCUACAUGAACUUCACCGGCAAUAACCCGGACAUCCACCCGCAGUGGCAGCCUGAGUACUUCGGCGAUGCCAUCACCGUCAACGGCAAGGCGUGGCCGUUCCUCUGCGUCGCGCGCCGCCGCUAUCGCUUCCGCGUCAUCAACACCAGCAACGCGCGCUACUUCAACCUCUCUCUGACCAACGGCCUGCCCUUCCACGUCGUCGGCUCCGACACCAGCUACCUGCCCCGGCCGGUCACCGCCACCCACGUCCUCAUCGGCGUGUCCGAGACGUUCGACUUCAUCAUCGACUUCUCCGACCAGUCCGUGGCUCCCGAGGUGGAGUUGGUCAACACGGCGCCGUACCCGUACCCCGCCGGCGACGUGCCGGGCCGCCUCUCCGGCAAGGUGAUGAAGUUCGUCGUGGAUCCGGCGAAGACGAGGGACUACUCCAGGGUGCCGGCUAAGUUGCUGGAGUACGUGAAGGUCGCCGAGGAAGAGGCGGCGCGGAAGAGGUACAUCGUGCUGUACGAGUACGACGACGCCGCGACGGGCAACCCGACGCACCUGUACAUCAACGGGAAGCGGCUGGAGGACCCGGCGACGGAGACGCCGCGCGCGGGCACGACGGAGGUGUGGGAGGUGAUCAACCUCACGCCGGACAAUCACCCGCUCCACCUCCACCUGGCCACGUUCCAGGCGGUGCGCGUCCGGGCGCUCGUGGGGCUGGACGAGUUCCAGGGCUGCAUGGUCAGGCUCAACGACGCGGUCAGGUGCAACGUCAGCGCGCACGCCGUGGGCGACGCGGUGGCCGUGCCGGAGCACGAGAGAACGUGGAAGAACGUGGUGAAGAUGGCGCCGGGCUACGUGACGACGAUCGUCGUCAAGUUCUUGAUGGUGGACACCGGCGAGGCUUACCCAUUCGACGCCACGGCAGAGCCCGGCUACGUCUACCACUGCCACAUUCUGGAUCAUGAGGACAACGCCAUGAUUCGCCCACUAAAGCUCGUCAGAUGA